AGAGAGCAAAAGCCCAACGGAAUUUUGGAACAGCGAGGCAGGAUGCUCGACUCAACCCUGAAGCUGACAAUCCGCACAGGACACAGUCUCCAGCAGCCCCAACUGUCAGUUUGUGCGCCGUAGCAGUUCUCAAACUCAGCUAAAGUCGCGUGCAUUGCGGACGGGACGCAACCGAAGCCGUGCCGAGUAACAAAUUUAACUGUAGUGAAAAAAUUGCCAGGCGGAAAAUUUUGCUAUUUUUCGAGUGAUAAAUAAGAGGAUCUCCCGAGCGAUAUUCCCGAAAAUUGCCAAUUACGGAGUCCAAUUUGCCAAGGCAGUGAGAAUAUGUCCGCCCGUCCCAGUCCGUCCCCCGGUUGGAGGCAAGUGCGGCGUAAGUGAAGCCGAAGGACACUACACAAGCCUCACCGACGAGAUGCCGCCGCUGUGCAUGCGACAUACCGAAGCAAUUGCCGUCAGAAGCAGCAGCAGUGGCAUCCUUGAAAGCUCCGCGCCCUCUGCCAGAAGGACCACGAAUACAGGCGCUGCCAGUCACUGAUGAGGGGCAGGCAUUUGCACUUGCAGUCGCAGUCCCAGCAUGGAAUGCAUCAGAGGUGGCAGAAGUAUAAAUAACACAAGGACAUGGACGGCGCAACGAACGCGACGAGGACAAAGGCCCACGGCAACGACAACGGUAACGGUAACGGUAACGGUAUCGGCGUGUGUGAGAGCAACGUUGAAAGCACCACCAGCAUCCAUUGCGAGCUGUGACCGUGCAGCUAGGCCACUAGGAUCCCAUUGCGGCUAAAUGACGAGAUUCAGAUUCAUAGUCGAGAGACAUUAUUUGUAAUGCAAUCAGGACGAGGAAAGUGCUAAGUGAAUUGUGCCGGGCCCAAAAACUUAAGUGCCAGUACCGCAAAGGCGGGAGCGUCAGUAGCACACACGCACAAGCCAACCGUUACGUGGCAGAGAGCGCGAGAGGAGAGAGCAAGUGAGAGUACGAGAGAGGUGUCAGACUUGUUGUUGGCGCUUAACCCAAUUUGAAAAGUUUGUCCUUUGAACGAAAGCGAGCCCCUGCCAGAACCAGCGGACAGCAAGCCAGCACGGUGCGAGUGGCACAUAUGGCAGCCAGCGGCCGGACAAGUUGCAGGUGCAGCCAAAAAUCCAGCAGCUCCAGCAGCCCCAGUAGCCGCAGUAGCAGUAAGCAGCUUUACCGCAAGCGGAGGCGCCGCCAGUGAAUGCCACAUUGCCAAUAAAAUAACCUCGUCUAAAUGAAGAAUGAAGAAACAAAAUGUGCGCACGAUAUCCUUGAUCGUGUGUACAUUUACGUAUCUGCUUGUAGGCGCCGCUGUCUUUGACGCACUUGAAUCUGAAACGGAGAAGCGUCGUUGGGAGGCGCUGCAAGAUGCCGAGGACAUGAUAAUACGCAAGUACAAUAUAUCGCCAGAAGACUUCAAAGUCAUGGAGACGGUGGUGCUCAAAUCGGAAUCGCACAAGGCUGGCCAGCAAUGGAAGUUCACCGGCGCAUUUUAUUACGCAACCACAGUGCUAACCACCAUAGGCUAUGGUCAUUCAACGCCCAGCACCGUGGGCGGGAAGCUCUUCACCAUGUGCUAUGCCAUUGUGGGAAUUCCCCUGGGCCUCGUUAUGUUCCAGAGCAUCGGAGAAAGAGUGAAUAGACUGAGCAGCUAUGUUAUCCAAGCAGUUCGCACAUCGCUGCGCUGCAAACGAACUGUCGCAUCGGAGGUGGACCUCAUUUGCGUUGUGACGACGCUUAGUUCGCUGACGAUAGCGGGCGGUGCUGCGGCCUUUUCAAAAUUUGAGGGCUGGAGCUACUUUGAUUCAGUAUAUUACUGUUUUAUUACAUUAACUACAAUAGGCUUUGGCGAUAUGGUAGCCCUACAAAGGGACAACGCACUGAAUAGAAAGCCGGAGUACGUGAUGUUCGCACUGAUAUUUAUACUAUUCGGCCUGGCAAUUGUGGCCGCUUCGCUGAACUUGUUAGUGCUUAGGUUUGUUACAAUGAACACCGAAGAUGAGCGACGCGACGAGGCGCAGGCCAUGCAGGCACUGCAAGUGGCUGUUAAACUGGAGGGCGAUGUAAUAACAUCCAACGGGUCCAUACUGAGCGGCUACGAGGGACACGAUGCCCAAUCGCUGAGCGGAUCAAGUGCGUCAUCCAUGUGCUCGUGCCAUUGUAUGUGUCUAAAUAGAAACCGACAUAAAAAGAGUAACCACUUGGGCAGGAACAAUGAUACAGAGAAUCGGUACAGACUGCAGCGAUCGCCCACGCAUAUACGGCACCUGCUGCCCGAGGUGGUUCCCAUGCAGGAUUUGAACUACGACUACGAUACACAAAGUCUGCACUCAAUGCCGGAUCGUGGGAUCAUGGACAGUAACUACAUGGGCGUCGACAUGGUGGACACUGCGAGCAGCGGAUCGCCGUUGCGGCCACAGCAAUUGCUCAAGCGCAACGUCUCACUUCUAUCUUUUCGCAUCUAGGAGGAGGUAUUGGUAUUCCAGUGGCAGCCAAGAGAGGAGCAAUCGCAGAGUGAAGAUAAACAGGGGGAGCAGAAAGCAGGAACAACGAAGUGGCGGCCCCACCCCUUGGACCUGCCCUCGCCAAAAACGACUUACAACUUGAAAGUGAUAAAAAGGCUCUAAUAGUACUUAAAACUUAUUUAGAUUCGAAACCGAAUGUAGGACGAGAUGGAGUUGGGAGGAUUAUUGAAAUGCGCAAUUUAUGUGCGCUCCGCGAGAUUCUAUUUAUGUGCAUUUACAAUGUAAAUUAGUGCAUAAAUCUAUAAAACUUGCAGUAGGCAUGCUAGCGACUAUACCUAAAUAUAUGUAUACAUACAUAUACAGUACUUACUGAACUAGAGCACUAUACAAUUGAAAGUAAACCACUGCCAUUUCCGAGCGAUAGAGAACGGGAGCUAUGCAAACGACUACAUGUACAUAUCGUAUAUGUAUAUGAAGCGGUGCCCACAUUGGUCGUCUUUCUAUUUGAACACUUACAGCCUCUGAACGGUAUACAAUAUAUAAGUUACACCCGUGCAUGAACAACAUGCAGACAUACAUAUAUCGAAAUUGUUAUGAAAAUUAGGUGCUGCCUUCACUGAAACAACUGCGGGUUUCACUAGCUGCGAGUCCUUGGGAAGCCUCCGAAAACCGAAUCCAAUCGUACAUAUAGUUCAACUACCAUCAAGGGCAAAGAGAGUAUCAAA